AUGCCUCUUUGCGCCGGCGGAAACAAAACGAUCCAGCGAAAAAUCGUCAUUCUAGGCGACGGAGCCUGUGGCAAAACUUCGCUCCUCAACGUGUUCACGCGUGGGUACUUUCCCCAGGUGUACGAGCCCACGGUGUUUGAGAACUACGUGCACGACAUAUUCAUAGAUGGCCAGGCGGUGCAGUUAUCUCUAUGGGACACGGCGGGGCAGGAGGAAUUCGACCGUUUGCGGGCGCUUUCGUACUCGGACACCCACUGCAUCAUGCUCUGCUUUUCGAUCGACUCGCCGGACUCGUUGGAAAACGUGCAGCUGAAAUGGGUGGGGGAAAUCGCAGACCACUGUGUGGGCGUCAAGCUCGUGUUGGUGGCCUUGAAAUGUGACUUGCGCAAUCAGGAGGAAGAUCCGCUGAGUGUGCAUGAAGACGAGUCGUUCAACCCGUACUCGAACCAGUCCUCGGGCAUGCCCGGGUCACACCGGAGAUUGGUGCCGUACGAGGACGGGCUCAGCGUGGCCAAGAAAGUCGGAGCCUUGCGGUACCUAGAGUGCUCGGCCAAAAAGAACCGGGGGGUCAACGAGGCGUUUUCGGAAGCUGCCCGGUGUGCGCUCAAUGCAAAGCCAAAGGGCCUGAACGACAACGAGCCCGAGAAAAAGAGCUGUGUGGUCAUGUGA